AUGCAAUGCUACACCCAGCUCCUCCCGCCCUCCGCCGUCACCCACGCCGUCGCCCUCCCCUUUCUCGAUGCCGCAUCGCGGAACCUGGUGGUGGUGAAGACAUGUGUCCUUCAGGUCUUCCGCUUGCGCGCAGUCAAGCAUCACAGCGAUGACAGCGCUACCAAGUCUAGACUGGUCCUCGUCGGCGAAUACCCCCUUGCCGGCACAGUCACCUCUCUCGCAGCCAUCAAGGCAGAGAACACAAAGUCCGGCGGCGAGGCUCUCCUUAUCGCCUUCAAAGAUGCGAAAGUGAGUCUGGUGGAAUGGGACUCGGACAACUACCGCUUGAAUACAAUCAGCAUACACUACUACGAGGGCGAGAAUGUCAUUCAUGAGCCUUUCGGGCCCAGUCUUAGCGAGUGCGAGAGCAUUCUGACCGUUGACCCGACGUCAAGAUGCGCGGCGCUGAAGUUUGGGUCCAGACAUUUGGCUAUUCUGCCAUUCAGACAAGCGGGUGAUGAGUUGAUGGAAGGAGGGGAGGAUGGAUAUGAUGAGGAUAUGGCCACUGCGCCGCCUUCUGCUAUGCUCAAGCGCACGCAGUCAGGGUUGAACGAAGGCGAGGCAAAGCAGACGCCGUACAAGUCUUCGUUCGUCCUGCCACUCACUGCUCUGGAUCCAGAUUUGUCGCAUCCGGUCGAUCUCGCUUUCCUUCACGAAUAUCGCGAGCCAACGUUCGGUAUCUUGUCUGCGCCAGUGCAGCCUUCGUCAGCACUACUCGAGGCGCGGAAAGAUAGUUUGUCUUACACGGUCUUCACACUUGACCUAGAUCAACGAGCAUCGACAAAUCUAAUCACCGCGCAAAAGCUACCGUCGGAUCUCUGGAAGGUUGUGCCCCUGCCAUUGCCCGUAGGUGGCGCUUUACUUAUCGGUACCAACGAGUUCGUGCACGUCGAUCAGAGCGGCAAGACGAGUGCGGUGGCUGUUAAUCAGUUCACAAAGGCCGCGAGCAACCUUGCUAUGGCCGACCAAUCCGAACUGAACAUGAAGCUAGAAGGGUGUGAGGUUGGCAAGCUCGACUCAAAGAGCGGUGACCUGGUCGUUGUUCUGAACGACGGAACGAUGGCUGUUCUCAGCUUCCGGCUUUCUGGACGCAACGUCGCAGGACUGCUUGUCACGCGCGUAACUACUGAGAACGGUGGAAGACUGCCAGAAGUAGCACCAUCAUCAGUCACCUUGAUGAACGGCAACACACUGUUUGUUGGAAGCGAAGACGGAGAUUCGUUUGUCCUCUCUUGGUCCAGAUCCGUGCCAACACUCAGCCGAAAGCACUCGCAUGCCCAAAUGCUGGGUCAGGACAUUCCCGUCGAAGAGGAUGAAGAGGAUGAGGAAAUGGAUGACGAUGAUCUCUACGCCACUGCCCCCGAAGCUGCAAAACGGACGUCUUCGGCCGGUGCCAACGGAUCAGUAGACUCAUCAACUUACAGCUUUACGUUGCAGGACCGACUGCCAUCUUUGGGACCCAUCAACAACGUCUGUUUAGGAAGGAGCUCGGCGGUCUCGAAAGACGAGCUCGAGCUUGUUGCAGGCAUUGGGAGAGGCAGCGGAAGCAAGCUGGCGACGCUGAGAAAGGAGAUUGUACCAAACGCUGUGCGUACGGAGAAGGAGGUCUUCGCUGAAGCCAAGAACAUCUGGAGCAUUAAGGCAGCAUCCACUCAACCCGGCAGCGCUGAGCCCAUGAGAGUCGAGCAUGAUUCGAUGGUGUUCUGCUUCAAUGGCGAGAUCACUCGAGUCUACGAUAUUUCGUCGGCGGCUGUGGAUGGCAGCGACUCCAGCAGCUAUACGGAGCGCACUGGCACCGACUUUGAGCAUGAUGGCGAGACACUACAGAUCAAUACAAUAGCCAAAGGCACUCGCGUCGUACAAUGCAGACGCACCGAGCUCCGGAUAUAUGAUGCUGCAGACCUCAGCCUGGCCCAGAUCAUUCCCAUGACUGACGAGGAGACCGACGCCGAACUCGAAAUAGUCCACGUCUCCUUCAGCGAUCCUUACAUAGUCGUGCUCCGCGACGACAGCAGCGUACUAGCUCUUCAACUGGAAAAAGGUGGCGACGUCGAGCCACUGGACAGUCCAGCUGCGAUCUCUGAGCGCAAGUGGCUCAGUGGAUGUCUAUACACUGGAUCUCUCUGCCCUGACGAAACCAUCGUUUGCUUGCUUGGAGAAGAAGGCGGACUGCACAUGUUCAGCCUCCCUGACCUGCAGCAGUUCUAUCACGCACCCACACUGUGCUACCUACCUCCUGUACUGGAAGCUGGCGCGCGGCAGCGGCGAGUCGGCGCGAAAGAAACGCUCACUGAGCUACUGAUUACAGAUAUUGGAACCGAGGACUCGAAAGAGCCAUACUUGAUGGUCCGCAGCGCAAUGGACGAUCUCAACCUCUACCAGCCUUGGUCUGCAGGUUCAUCUUGGAAGGAAGUCUUACGAUUCAGGAAAGUCACGCUGGACUACAUCCCCAAGUUUGACGGGUCGACGCCUGAUGAGAGCAACGGUCGUCCGGCUCCACUACAGCAAGUUCGGGUUGGAAGAUUCGAUGCUGUCGUUGUGCCUGGAGCGUACCCGAGCUUCCUUCUCAAGGAAGCGGCUGCGCUGCCGAAGGUGGUACCUCUGCGAGCGCAUAACGUCAAAGCGCUUAUCCCACUACAUCGGCCUGGAUGCGACAGUGGAUUCGCAAUUCUUCGAAGUGCCACUUCGUCGGAUGACGAAGGCGUUGAAACAAAAAAGUUAGAGCUGCAAGAAUUAGCUCUACCGGCCGAUGCUGAGUUCAGCACUGGCUGGUGUGUCCAGAAGCAGACCUUUGGCGAUCCGGCCGAGCAGGUCAGAGAUGUCGCUUAUCACGAGGAGAGAGGGAUGUAUGUUGUUGCCACGUGCAGAGACGUCGACUUCCAUCUCGAAGGGGAUAAAGAGGAGGGAAGGGGAAAAGGAAAUGAUGGCAUCUCUCUGCAUCCGCAAGUGCCGCAAUACACUUUGCAUCUCCUCAAAGCAAAAACACGACAUGUCAUCCACUCCUAUUCCCUGCCGAACCUCGAGACCAUUACCUCGCUCAAAAUCAUGCCUCUGGAGAUAUCCGAGCAAACGCACGAUAUCGAGGCAAGGAUUGUUGUCGGGACCGCGACCCAGCGCGGCGAAGACAUGCCAUCGAAAGGCGCUGUCAACGUCUUCGAGAUCCUCGAUGUCGUCCCCGACCCAGACCGAGCAGAAAGCGGCGCCAAGCUCAACCUCGUUAGUCGCGAGGAGACGCGAGGCGCCGUCACAGCGCUCGAGUCGUUCCCUGGCGGUCUCAUCGGCAUAGGUCAAGGUCAAAAGAUCAUGAUUCGCGGUCUCAAAGAGGACGGGUCUUGCCUUCCGGUCGCCUUCCUCGACUGCCAAUGCUACACCACCUCCCUCAAACAGCUCGGAGGGAGCGGCCUGUGGCUCGCUGCAGACGCCUGGAAGGGUCUCUGGUUCGGCGGCUUCACGCAGGAACCUUACAAACUCACUACCCUUGGUAAGAGCCGUACACAUAUGGAAGUCGUCUGUGCCGAGUUCCUGCCUUUUGACGGCAACCUCUUCCUCCUCAUCGUCGACGCCGCAAUGGACCUUCACGUCCUGCAAUACGACCCCGAGAACCCCAAGUCUCUCUCUGGAACCCGUCUCCUCCACCGCAGCACCUUCCACCUCGGCCAGUUCCCCUCUUCGAUGGCCCUUCUUCCCUCCACCCUCUCCCCACCCGUCUCGCAACCUUUAACAAACGGCCACGACAGCACCGAAGAAACACAAACUAACGCACCUUCCCUCUACCACGUCCUCAUCACCUCUCACACUGGCUCCCUCUCUCUCAUCACCCCGCUGGACGAAGGCACGUACCGCCGUCUCGGCUCUUUGCAAACACAUCUCACCUCCGUGCUCGAGCACGCCGCUGGGCUGAAUCCAAGGGCGUACAGGGCUGUGGAGAGCGAAGGCGGUGGCGGAAGGGGUGUGGUGGAUGGGGAGGUGGUCAAGAGGGUUUGGGAGUUGGGAAGUGCGAGGAGAGCUGAGGUGUUGGGGCGGGCGGGGAUUGAUGGGUGGGGGGCGAGGAGUGAUUUGGAGGCUGUGGGAGGUGGGGGCCUGGGGUACUUGUGA